GAUUCUCUACCAUUAUAUAACCAUUUAGGUAAUAUUAUCUUAGAUCGUACUGUUACAGACCUUUUAGAUGUAAGUCAAGUUGUAUUAUAUAAGUUUCCACCAUUCACACCACCAAUUGUAAAUUAUUAUGAAAAGUCGCCAAAAAUAUUGUCAUAUAAAAAAAAUCCUGUUGUACAUGAUAUUGAAAUAAAUACUAUAAGAGUGUAUUUUACUGAUGAUGUACCAGAUAAUCAAAUAUAUAAUAAUCUUGUAAAUGAAAAUGGCUUAAUUUUACAAAACUUUAUCAAUAAUUUAUUUUCACCGGUACUUAAAAUUAAUAUUAUUGUACAAUUAUUUGUAUAA